CACCACCGUCAUGGCAAAAUAAGUCAUUUUGCUUUCAUUUCUCGGCUUUGGGUGGUUGUACAGCGUACCGCGUACCAUAUUUCGGCAUAGGCUCUCAUCUCUUUCUUUCUGCGACGGCACCGCUGGAGUCUCACCCAAGUGCAUGAUACUCUCGAAUCAGGUAUCGUUUUGACUGCCACUAGGAGAUAAAAAUGACAGAGGGAGCCAAACGUGGUCGUCCCAGGAUCGAUUCAAAAUUCGACAACUGGUUCUGGGUAAAAGAUGCGCGGGAACGAAAGCGGAUCCAGGACAGACUGGCGCAGCGAGCGCGGCGCAGUCGAGUAGUGGCACGGCAGGAUGGAAGCAAAAAGGUCAAGGCUGAGACCAGGCGUACUCGUAGAAGCGAAACUCGUCUUGAGGAGCCGAUCAAACAAGAUGCAGAGCCCUCGGAUGUCCUGGAGACAUUCACAUCGAAGCAGAACGAAGAGCAUUCAAAUAAUAACCAGUCGCUUGCUCUCGUACCUGCAUCUAGAGAGGAGAACACCCUAUCUGCAGUUACUUCUCUUCCAGUGAGUGACUCGAGUCGAUGGCGUCGCUGCGCAUAUGUACUUGGCCGUGAUGAUCAGUUCCUCUGCUGGCAAUCAUGGCCUAUUUAUUGGGCACUGUCUCAUCACGGCGAGAUGCAGGGCACGGGAUGUCCAGACGCUGAGACAAAGGCUAGGUCGCCUCCAGAAUACCUGGACUUGCCCGAAUACCUCAAACCCACUCCGCUGCAAAUGGCCGUGCCGCAUGUUAGAUGGAUCGACAGGUUUCCGUUCCCUCGGUUGCGAGACAAUAUGAUUUUGCUCGAUGGACUUAUCGAUCUGGAUGACUUCGUUCGAGAUCUUUGGGCAAUGGCGAGCUUGAUCCUGCGCCCUCAGGCCCAAAGAGCCACGUGGGAUCCAUUGUGUUGGACAAUGGGUGCUGAAUUCUCAUCCAAAUGGGGUUAUCUUUUCAUAUGAUCAACAUGGUCAAUUAGAAUUGUGAAUUUUUACCGAAGGAUGUCUGGUUAUAGGUCCUCGGUUGGGGGUUCACGACGGCAAUCUUGCCUAGGAGAUAGUUGUAGGCAUCGUCUCGAGAGCAAUGACGCUAUUUAGGAGGGAUGCCAGGUAUGAGGACGAGUAACAAAGCAUGUACCGGACCAAGUUCGGGCAGAGUAGGAGAAUGCAGCAUGAUUUCCUUUGGUCCAGAGAGUGACAAAAGGCCGAGGGAAAAACGUAAAAGCGAAAACGUGACUUUCUUGGCUGACAAGUGCGAGUCUUUUGGCUGCGAACUGG